AUGGCUUCUGCCCUGGACUCUAAUCGGCAGGGCGCGAUCCGUCUCGACGGUACGGUAUAUGACAAAGUCCUUAAAGAGCAGGGGCUCAACGAUGUCACUAAAAAAGACCGGGAUAAGUUGAAGGAGCGUGUGAAGAAGGCGAGGAAAUUUUUCCAAAUUUGCCAAGAAUUCGAUCGCGGGCUUCUUUGUCUGCUGCCGUUUAUGGAAAUAUCGGAAAACCAACUUUCCAAUAUGACUACCGCUGAAAUCGAGGAAUUUCACGUUCUGGCAGCCGAGAAGAAACUGGACAUAGCCGGUCGUUGUAAAAUCGGGAUAUCGAUCCAAGACAUGUUCACGAGGGAUGUCGAAUUCGCUUUCGAGAAAGAGGACCUUACCGCUUUCGACCGCCUCUCCGAACGUGAGAUGGUCGCCCUCCUACAGCCUGUCGCUUAUCCAAAGGUCAACUCAUAUACGCCUGACAGCGCUUGGCCAAAGCCACCGUCCUGGCCGUGGGAGUGGCCCAUGGAUCCCACAUGGGCACCCCUUGCUGCUUGCGAGAUUUGCAGCUUGGAAGGCUGCAUCUGCCUUUCCAAUUUAGCCCAGGACCGCCAUCGCAUUGUCGAUUACGGUCCAAAAGGACGCGGAAUACAAGCUCGAGGAGCCUUGAGUGGUGGCUUGGCUUUCAGUGAAGGCGAGUAUAUCCAGGAGUUGGUCGGGCAAGAAUGA